UUUUUCUGUUUUCUUGGGUUUUAUUGUAUGGGCCAAUUUUCCUAGGAUUAUUUACUGAAAAGUCUGUCCUUUCUCCCACUGCUCCACAAUACCACCACUGCUCUAUAUCAAGCCCACAAAUGCACGUGGGUAACAUUUAUGCAUUCGAUUUCCUCCCCUGGAAGCAACCCCAUCAACGCCCGCUGCGCUUGGCAUGUGAGGGAGCGCUCACUGGGAAUGAGGACCUGAAGAGCAGCAGCUGUAGCAUUAACCACCCCAUCUUCCAAGAGGGCACUAAGGGCACCUUCAUAGUCACAUUUGAUGUCUCCUACAAGGCCACCCUGGGCAACAAGUUGCUUCUGAGGGCCAAUGCAAGCAGUGAGAAUAAUAAGCCUACAACCAGCAAGACCACCUUUCAGCUGGAGCUCCCGGUGAAAUAUGCUAUCAACAUGGUGAUCAGCAGGUGUGAACUUUGACUCUCCUAUAAGCCUAGUUAUCUCCCCUUGCAGCUCAGACUGCUCUUUAAGGGAUGGAUCUCUAAACUACCCUCUAAUUCCUCACAUGGGGAUACUUGUGACCAGCCAUAUAUUUAUGCUGUAAUAACAUACACCAUAUACUUCUGGCUUCUUCUCUGAUGAACUGACACAGAGUUUGCCACCACUCUGCACUCCUCCCUCUCUCUUCAAGGGGCAGACUUCCUUCAACACGAAGCCAAUUCUAGUCUUCUUGCUAAAUACGAGUGUGCUGAAGUGAAACUAACUGGGUUAAGAUUGAGGCAUUUAUGAGCACUCUGAAGUGGGAGAUAUGGUUUGUCACCACACAGGGGAAAGAAAAGGUCAGGGUUUCAUGAAACAAAGGGGAGACCAGAGAUGUGACAAACUGCUGGGAAAGUCUCUGAGAGACCAAGGCUGUGGCAGGCGCAGGAAAGUCAAGUGCAGGGCUGUUCGCUCAGUUCUGAAGCUGGGAGGUGGAGCAGGGGCAGGCCGGGCUGGACGCGAGGCAAGGAGCACCACAUAACCUGGUCAAACUCCAGAGAUUUACAGAGGUGGCCAGAAGCUUAUACUAUCGCUACUGUUGUUGCUGCUGAUGACACAUGAAUUUCUGGGGGACUAAGGAGGGAGGAUUAAGCGGUGUCAUUGCCUUUCCAAACUCCAUGUAUGAAUUUCCCCUACUGUCCAUGGGAAAACGCUGGAACUUAUAUUAAGAGCUUACAGUUAUAUAUAUUUAUGACAUGCCAGGCAUUUAAAAAGUACUUUACAUCUAUUUACAUUCAUUUCAUCCUUCUAAUAACUCUGUGAUAUCCUUAUUGUUAAACUUCCUUUGUUACCAACAAAGAUUUCAAGAGGUUAGAUAGCUUGUUCCUGUCAGUCAGCUACUACAUGUCAGAACCAGGGAUCAAAGUCAAAUGGUCUGGCUCCAGAGCUUGUGUUCAUGACUAUAUGCUACCAUGCCUCUCCAAGGACUGGCGAAGCUGAGUGAUUUAUGCAAAUUUGAAAAGAGAGUUAGAACUGGAAGAUUUUAAGGUGAGAAAACGGAAGCAGAGAGAGAAAGGGUUGGAACGAGGAGCGUAGAGGAAGGUUAACACAGUACGGGAAAAAUAUGAAUUUUAACAUUUCUGUCAUUGCUGCAGACUUCAUCACAGCUCUGUCACAGGCACUCCUCAUAGCAUCCUCAUUUUAUAUAGGAAGAAACUACAGGGCCCCAGACA